AUGCUUUAAACGACUUGGUAUUAACUCACUCUUAGUUUUGUAGAUUUAAGCUUGUUUGAAAAUUAGAAAUUCAUUACAAGUUAUGAAAAUGUACGAACCAUAAGGGCAAUGUGUCUCAUUUAAGGAGUAAUUACUGACAUGCUUAUUUUUUAAACUUAUUCAGUGAGCUACUCUAAGGUUUCGAUUGAUAACUUAUUGAUGUCAAAGUUUUAAGAGAAAUCUUGGAACAAUUAUUAGUUGAAGACUUAUUAAUUAGUGCCUUUAUCAUAAGCAAACAUACCAUUUUAUAAAAUAUUGUAGCAUGAAUAGAUAUUUUAUACCAACUCUUAGUGA